UCCUAAUUGUGAUCGUGAAUCUAAUAACUUUUUACAGUUUAAGUUUCAAGGAUUUAAUUAUGAUUCAUCAACGAGUUAAUUUGUUAAUAAGAUUGAUUUUAUUUGCCUUGUCCAUUUGUACCAUUAAUUGUCAAGAUCGAUAUGCAUCAAUGAAAGCCCUGCGAAGUGAUUUACUAAUGAACUACGAUCCAUACAGUCGCCCAGUUAAAUCACCAUCAACCCCUGUUAAUGUUACCUUUAAAUUAGGUAUUCGUCAGAUAAUUGAUCUGGAUAUCCGAUCUCAAACUAUGCACCUUGAUGGUUACUUGUUUUUGUCAUGGAAAGAUGAGUUUCUCACUUGGGAUCCUGCUAAAUAUUCAGCAAUUAAACGGAUUAAAUUGGAAUCUCAUGAUAUUUGGACUCCCGAUAUCGUUUCUUAUAACAUGGCGAUCGGAGGUGGUUCAUUAAGUAUGGACAGUCAUUCAAUACUGUCCGUGAAUAGUUCUGGUCUAGUUUCACAAGUUUUACCAAGUAAAAUUAUCGUUAAUUGUUACCUUGAUUUAACCGAUUAUCCAUUCGAUGUACAAAAUUGUCUACUUGAAUUCGGCUCAUGGGUUUACGAUGUUAAGGAGCUUUCACUCAAUAAACCCAAAGGUGGAAAACUAUAUUAUGGACCGUAUUUCAGUAAUUCCGAGUGGAAAACUGAACAAAUAUUCGGAGUCGUAUUCACCGAGUAUACAGAUUUCACCAACGUUUCCGUGGCUCGAUUGAAUGUCCAAGUUUCUCGUCGAGUUGAUAUUCACUUUUAUUAUAUUUUCAUUCCCUAUUUAACUGCUUCUCUAUUGGGAUUAAUUGUCUUCGUAUUGCCCAUUGGAUCUUAUUAUCGUCUUGUCUUCGCUCUUCUCGCUCUUUUCAUCUUAAUUAAUCUUCUUCUCUUCCUGGCUUAUAAUCUUGGCUUCCAUUCAUUAGGAGUUCCUUAUGCCAUUCGUUGUAUUAGUAUAAAUAUACUGUUGAUUAGUCUUUCGUUGAUUGUUACCAAUUUAGCAUAUCAAUUGAUCAUGAACUUAAUGUUGACCUGUCCACCGAUUCCAAGUUUCUUGGCCCAUCACCUUGCGAAUCCUUUGUUGGGUAAAAUAUUUUGUAUCAAUGGAGGAGGAAUGGAAACUGAAUCAACUGGAAUGGAUGAAGAAUCAAAUCAAGGCGAACAAUUUACUUCCAAUCAAUUUCGAUCCAGUUCUCAAGCGGCUAUUCGUGAAUGGAUUCGUUUGUUACGAUUAGUUGAUCGUCUUCUAUUCAUAUCAUAUGUUAUGCUCUUAAUUUACCACAGUUAAUUGCUCUUCGCAAAAAUCUAAAAAAAAAAUAACAAUUUCCAUUAGCAUGUUACAUAUAAUAAUCAAACUUAUAUUCUCAAUCAAAUGAUGUACUUUUAAUAAUUUACAAUCUAAUUAAAAUCGUUUUCUACGUUUCUUAAAACUUAA